AGAUCUAUAUAAACCAUGUCGUAGAUCGAAAGUGAGAACUGUACUGUAGGAGUAGGACUAUUAUCACAAUAUCAGUGUGAUUCACGUGCUGUGUAAACAGACUUCGAACUCCAGAGGCUUUGUGGAAUUUCAACUUUUGCGUGUCAGUUGUAUUAGAGACAUGGCAUUCAGUGGCAAAGUGGUUUUAAUUACAGGUGCUAGUUCUGGAAUUGGUGCAGCGACGGCAAUACAUUUAUCACGGCUUGGAGCUUCUCUUUCUUUGACAGGCCGAAAUGAGGAAAACCUGAAAAAAGUGGCAAAGUCCUGUGAGGUUCUUCCGGAGCAUCCUCAACCAUUUUUGCAGACUGGGGACAUCACCAAUGAAAAUGAUACCAAAAAUAUUGUAGAAGGAACAUUAAAACAUUAUGGCAAACUUGAUGUUUUAGUGAAUAAUGCUGGUAUUAUAGAGACUGGAAGCAUUGAGAAUACAUCAUUAGAUCAAUAUGACCGAAUCUUCAAUACAAAUGUUAGGUCUAUGUACCACAUUACUAUGUUAGCAGUUCCCCAUCUUAUAAAAACAAAAGGCAGUAUAGUAAAUGUAUCGAGUGUGAAUGGUAUACGAUCAUUUCCUGGAGUACUGGCAUACAAUAUGUCUAAAGCUGCAGUGGAUCAGUUUACAAGGUGUAUUGCUUUGGAAUUGGCAGCCAAACAGGUUCGUGUUAACAGUGUCAAUCCUGGAGUGACACUAACAGAGCUGCAGAAACGGGGUGGUUUGGAUGAAGAAGCUUACUCAAAAUUUUUAGAACGUAGCAAAGAAACACAUGCUCUUGGUCGUGUAGGGAAACCUGAGGAAGUGGCUGAAGCAAUAGCUUUUCUAGCUGGUGAUACUGCAAGCUUUAUUACUGGUGCAAGUGUGCCAGUAGAUGGAGGUCGUCAUGCUAUGGGUGUACGAUAAGCCCAGAUUUUGCUGGAAGUAUUCAAAUACUUGAAUGGGGCUUUCAUGGUUUAAUACUGCAGCCAUUUAUACUAUACAAUAGAUGAAGUCAUAUUACGGGACCAAAGCAUUUAUUUAUAUAUAUGUGUGAUACUUAUUGUAACAAUUAUAUUAUGAAUAAAUGUAAUUUUCACCUA